ACGUCGCGCUAAAAAUAGCCUCAAAAAUCAACACUCACUCAGAGAUACACACGCAGACAGAGGCACGCUCGCACAGAAACACACUGGCACCGGCAAACACACACUCGCACUCAGGCAGGCUCCCAGAUAAACACACAGUUCCGGAGUGAGUGAGAGGGGUUGGGAUUGGGUUGGGAGGGGGCGUGUCUUGUUGUGCCAGCCGAGCGGCGAUUGUGAAACCGGCGACUGCGAUACAGACACAGAGGACGCGACGGAGCGGACGGCAGAGAGGAGUGCCUCGGGCGAGCGAGAGAGCGAGCGGAACGAGCGCGUGAGAGCGAGCGAACGAGCGAACGAGCGCGUGGAGGAUAAAACGCCACCGAGCGAGAGAAUGAGCGAGGGAACGAGGGAGAUGGAGGGCGAGCAGACGCCUCCCGCCGCGGCGGACCCCUCCUGCCCGGGCUGCCGGGGCGGGGACCCCCUGCUGCUCCCCUGCGGGCACCGCCUGUGCGCGCCCUGCCUGACGCUGUGCCAGAGCGAGCUGGGGGAGCGGGCCUGCACCGUCUGCUACGGCCGGGACGUCCUGGACAGCGUGGUCAAGGGGCUGCUGGACUCCCUCUUCCGGGGCCAGCCUCGGCGGGACGCGCCCCCCGGGGGGGAGGCCUGCUCCUGCUCCCUGCACGGGGAGAAGCUGACGCUGUACUGCAUGGAGGACGAGGAGCCGGUCUGCUCCCUCUGCAAGGCCGCCGAGCACCAGGAGCACGAGUGCUGCUCCAGUGAGGAGGCUGUGCAGGACUGCAAGAGGGAGCUCAGGACCACGUUGAAGAUCCUGGAGGAGAAGCUGGAGGCUCUGAACGUGGCCAAGCAGACCUGCGAUGAGACAGCUGAACACAUUAAGACCCAGAGUCUUCAGACCGAGAGGCUAGCGAAGGAAGAGUUUGAGAAGCUCCACCAGUUCCUACGUGAUGAAGAGGAGGCCCUAGUAGCCUCUCUGAAGGAGGAAGAGGAGGAGAAGACCCAGAAGAUCAGGGAGAAGAUUGAGAAGAUGGCGGGGGAGAUAGCCUCCCUCUCCGACACCAUAAAGAUGGUGGAGGAGCAGCUGGAGGCCGAGGACAUCUCCUUACUGCAGAACUUCAAGACCACCGUGCAAAGAGCGCAGAGUACGCCGCGGGAGCCAGACAAGGCUGUGGGGGCGCUGAUCGAUGUGGCCAAACACCUGGGCUGCCUCAGGCACCGAGUCUGGGAGAAGAUGCAGGGGAUCACUCAGUACAUGCCCGUGGUUCUCGAUCCCAACACGGCAGACGUCUGCCUGGUGCUGUCGGACGACCUGACCACCGUGCUGUACACCGACGAGGAGCUGCGUCUCCCGGACAACCCCGAGAGGUUCAGCUACUACGAGUGCGUGCUGGGGUCCGAGGGGCUGGGCGCGGGACGGCACGCCUGGGAAGUGGAGGUCGGGGACAGCUCCGAGUGGGCGCUGGGCGUGGCCAAAGAGACGGUCCCGCGGAAGGAGUGGUUUCCCAUGAGCCCCGAGACGGGGCUGUGGAGCAUCGGCCUGUACGCGGGGGAGUACCGCGCGCGGGCCCCCGUCUCCUCCCCCAUCGCGGUUAAGAAGAAGCCCCACAGGGUGCGGGUGCAGCUGGACUGGGACAGGGGGAGGCUCACCUUCUCCGACCCCAGCGACAACGCCCUGCUCUACAAAUACCAGCACCGCUUCACCGAGAGGGUCUUCCCGUACUUCUCCAACACCUCCAAACGGAACCCGCUCCGCAUCCUGCCCGGGAAGGUGUCCGUCGCCGCGGAGUAGCGCCGCGGAAACCGGGCCGGACUCGGGUUCUGACGGCGCCUCAGUGUCAGUGUUGGGGACGGCACUGGCACUGCCCAGAGUAUGCAUGCAGUAGUGCGGGGAUCUCAAACAAGUCGCCAUUCAUUCAAAGUGCACUUCAGAGAGUUCUGCACAUUUAGAAACAAACGUUUAAAGAUAAAAAAUAAAUAAAAAAUAAAGAUAAUACGCUGCGACAGAGCGACAGCCAAACUGCCGUCCAAAGCUGACGGCCAGCUUAGUCCUUGUAAAAAAAGGGUGUGUGGAGUCCUUACCCAGUCAGGCCCUGAAACUUAACACUUGAGGGCUGAAACGCAUCGGAAACCAGCAGGUACCAUAGUCCCCCGCGAGUGUUGUGAGAUCCCUGAAGCACUGAAGCCUUAAGAUAUUUCAUCUGAGUUUGUGAAAAAGCCAAUGACCUUAAAUUGAACCUUUGGUUGCAGUUUGUUCUUUUGGUUGAAUAAUUGUCGUUGUAGUGUGCUUCAUUAAAUUGUAUCCGUUUUCAUUGCUGUUUUCAUCACAUAUCAAUCAGCAUUUUGUUGGUUCAGAUGUAUGCCAGAGGGAAGAAAAUAAUGUUUUUUUUUUGUGGGAGUUACUGAAAUUCAAAUGCAUUUGAAAGCCGUUUGAUUUCACUGUACUGAAGCUGUUUUUUUUUUUACUGUAAAAAUAGGCAAACUGCAUGUCUGGCUGUGCAUAUUUUGCCCUGUGUUCCUUGUUUUGAAAAAGACUUGGGUUACAGGACAAACUGUGCAAUGAAGUUCUGGCUGGAUGCCGAAUUCGCCUACCGGUGUGUGUGUUUAUUUUGUGAAUGGUGUUCCUUCGCGUGAAGCCCGGGCGAGUUCAUAUUUCUGUUGGAAUUCAGACUUGCAUUUUAAUAAAGAAAUUCACAACCA